GACUGAUCGCUACCGUAGUGAGACACUAGGAUUGCAGACACAACUUGUAAUGGAGUAUGCCUCCUUCGAGGACACUCAACAAAUUGCACAGACUUACGGCUUCAUGUAAUUACCCAGUAGCCAUUAAUGUUGAAAAAAGAGAUGCUUCUUUUGCUUUUCCAAGAGCAUAUGAUUCUUGAAAAAGAAGCUCCCUCAGGCUCAGCACCCAAAGGAUAAUAUCACCCACUUGCAAAGGAUAAUAUGAAUAUGUCAUAUGAUGACAUCGCUGUUUCUAUUCAAUACAAUGAUCAUGAUGACCUUCACACGAUUUUAUCUAUCGAAGAAACAAGUAGAAGAUGCGAAUAAUAAGUUAUAUAAUUUGAAAAAAGUCCUCUAAGAGACCAAACGAUUGAAAGUUAUAGCAAACGAGACGCAUGCUAAGGCCCUUGCGUCAGCGCAGCAGGCGAC